AAAAUCCAGAAAAGAAAAAGAAAAAAGAUUUUAACUUUCAAUCGUAAUAGUAGUAAUCCAAUUGGCUUUUCAUUUAUGAUUGGCUGUUUAGCUGUUGUUUAACACGCAAUGACUCUUUCUCUCUCUUAGAACUCCUCUUUCUUUCUGUGGGUUUUGAGGUUUGUUUUGUUUUUCUUUUAUUUUCUGUGUUUUUCUCUUUCUCUAAUAUUAAGAACUAAGCAGUAAAUAAAAUUAAAGAAUCUCGAGAUUGGCGUCUAAGAUAAAGACCACAGGGACAUUAUUCAAGUUCCUUCUAUACUUGGGUUUUUGAGGUAUACAGUGACUGUAGGAGAGAAAGAGAGAGAAAACAAAUCCUCUGCACUAUCAAUCUGAUGAAGGAGAGAGGAGGCUCUCUUGGAGGAGAGAGCCUGCCUGAUACCAUCAACAACAAUAACAGCAAAGAAGAAGAUAAUCAAGAACCAAACUAAAAACACCCACUUAUCCAGAAAAACUAAACUCAUUCCUUACUGUCUUGAAAAUUCAAAAAUACCAACUGGGUUUUUGUUUUUGUUUUUUGGGUUCUUUUUGGUGUUAACAUACUAAAUUCCUCAAAAACGUAUCUGGGUCUGUGUUGUUUUUUUGGCCUUUUCAAUCUUUUAGGUGUGUUUUUUCUGCUCUGGUGGGUGGUUGGGUUUGUAUAUGGCACUUUCUGUGCACAAUAAGGAAGGAAAUAAUAAGCAAAUGGAUUCAAGCAAGUACGUGAGGUAUACACCUGAGCAAGUGGAGGCAUUGGAGAGGGUUUAUACAGAAUGCCCAAAGCCUAGUUCUUUAAGAAGGCAGCAGCUUAUUAGAGAGUGUCCUAUUCUCUCUAACAUUGAACCUAAACAGAUCAAAGUGUGGUUUCAAAACCGCAGAUGUCGCGAAAAGCAGAGGAAGGAAGCUUCUCGUCUCCAGACAGUGAAUAGAAAGCUGAGUGCUAUGAACAAGCUGUUGAUGGAAGAGAAUGACCGGUUACAGAAGCAGGUCUCACAGUUGGUUUAUGAGAAUGGAUACAUGCGCCAACAGCUGCAGACCGCUUCAGCAACGACCACAGACAAUAGCUGUGAGUCUGUGGUCAUGAGUGGUCAGCAACAGCAGCAAAACCCAACACCUCAGCAUCCCCAACGGGAUGCUAACAACCCAGCUGGUCUUCUUGCAAUAGCUGAGGAGACCCUGGCAGAGUUCCUUUCUAAGGCUACUGGAACUGCUGUCGACUGGGUCCAGAUGAUUGGGAUGAAGCCUGGUCCGGAUUCUAUUGGCAUUGUUGCUGUAUCCCGCAAUUGUAGUGGGGUAGCAGCACGAGCCUGUGGCCUCGUGAGUCUAGAGCCCACGAAGGUUGCUGAAAUCCUCAAAGAUCGUCCAUCUUGGUUUCGUGACUGUCGAUGUGUUGACAUAUUGAGUGUGAUUCCUACAGGAAAUGGGGGCACAUGUGAGCUUAUAUACAUGCAGACUUAUGCCCCAACGACAUUGGCUGCAGCACGUGACUUUUGGACACUGAGAUACACUACAACAUUGGAAGAUGGCAGUCUCGUGAUAUGCGAGAGGUCAUUGACUACUACUACCGGUGGCCCAGUUGGGCCACCUACUUCAAGCUUUGUGAGAGCUGAAAUGCUUCCUAGUGGCUAUCUGAUUCGACCUUGUGAGGGUGGUGGUUCAAUCAUUCACAUUGUUGAUCAUGUUGAUUUAGAUGCUUGGAGUGUUCCUGAAGUUCUGAGGCCACUUUAUGAAUCAUCCAAAAUUCUUGCUCAGAAAAUGACUAUGGCUGCCUUACGGCACAUACGGCAAAUUGCACAAGAGACUAGCGGAGAAAUUCAGUAUGGUGGGGGUCGCCAGCCUGCUGUUUUAAGGACAUUUAGUCAGAGGCUUUGUAGGGGUUUCAAUGAUGCUGUCAAUGGAUUUGCGGAUGAUGGUUGGUCGCUUCUUGGUGGUGAUGGGGUGGAGGAUGUGACCAUUGUCAUAAAUUCAUCUCCAAAUAAAUUUCUUGGAUCUCAGUAUAAUGCAUCAAUGUUCCCAACUUUUGGGGGAGGGGUACUCUGUGCAAAGGCGUCAAUGUUGCUGCAGAAUGUUCCCCCUGCUCUGCUUGUCCGUUUUCUGAGGGAGCAUCGUUCAGAGUGGGCUGACUAUGGGGUUGAUACAUACUCAGCUGCAUGUCUCAAAGCAAGUCCUUAUGCAGUUCCUUGUGCAAGACCUGGGGGCUUUCCAAGUAGCCAGGUCAUUUUACCUCUUGCCCAUACUGUGGAGCAUGAGGAGUUCUUGGAGGUAGUUCGGUUGGAGGGUCAUGCCUUCUCCCCUGAAGAUGUAGCUUUGGCACGGGAUAUGUACUUGUUACAGCUAUGCAGUGGGGUUGAUGAAAAUGCUGUUGGCGCCUGUGCCCAGCUGGUCUUUGCACCUAUUGACGAAUCGUUUGCUGAUGAUGCUCUUUUGUUGCCAUCUGGUUUUCGUGUCAUACCAUUAGACCCUAAAACAGAUGGGCCUGCUGCAACUCGUACAUUAGAUUUGGCAUCUACGCUUGAAGUAGGUCCUGGAGGUGCACGUCCAUCCGGUGAAGCCGACACCAGCAGUUAUAACCUUAGGUCUGUCCUUACAAUUGCGUUUCAAUUUACUUUUGAGAACCACUUGCGAGACAAUGUGGCUGCUAUGGCUCGCCAAUAUGUGCGUAGUGUUGUGGGGUCUGUUCAGAGGGUUGCAAUGGCUAUUUCUCCCUCACGACUCAGCUCCCAGAUAGGGCCGAAGUCUCUUCCUGGCUCUCCUGAGGCUAUUACUUUGGCACAAUGGAUUUCCCGAAGCUACAGGAUCCACACUGGAGGAGAUCUCUUUCGGGUUGAUUCUCAAGCUGGCGAUGCUUUGUUGAAGCAACUAUGGAACCAUUCAGAUGCAAUCAUGUGCUGUUCCUUGAAAACUAAUGCAUCUCCAGUCUUCACCUUUGCAAACCAGGCCGGACUUGACAUGCUUGAAACUACUCUUGUAGCCCUUCAAGAUAUUAUGCUUGACAAGAUUCUAGAUGAAGCUGGCCGGAAGAUUUUAUGCUCUGAGUUCUCUAAGAUCAUGCAACAGGGAUUUGCGUAUCUGCCAGCUGGAAUAUGUGUAUCGAGCAUGGGGAGGCCAGUCUCCUAUGAUCAGGCCAUUGCAUGGAAAGUCCUUAAUGAUGAUGAUUCCAACCACUGCCUGGCCUUCAUGUUCAUGAACUGGUCUUUUGUGUGAUAGUUAUGAAAAGAACACAUAGAAAAAACUUAGCUAUCUACUAUAAGUUAUAUGUUUCCUUUUAUUAGCACCUAAAUGACAGACAUUUUGAAUGGAGUAAUUGAAGUAUAUUAUGGUUGCAUUUGUCUUCA